UUUUGUUAUCCACAGAGGUCGCGAGGUCGACUCAGCUGACCAACCUCUCGUUCGUUAUUUCGGAGUGAAACGCGUGCGCCCCGAGCGGUGAAAAUAAAGCCGAAUUUUACCUUCUCACAAAACCUUAUAAUCUACAAUACAUCGCAGAAAUAGAGCAGUGUAAUAUUUGAAAAAUGGCAGACACAGAGCAAAGGAGUCCACCUCCUCAGACUGGACCAAUGCAAUUUCUCUUGAGUAAUAAGUUGGAAACGGCCAUGUGGUUGUCACGGCUGUUCACUGUCUACUGCUCCAUCAUGUUCAUUCUACCACUGCUUGGGCCUCAGGCAGCUACUAACUUCUAUCAGAGGGCAUUGCUGGCAAAUGCUUUGACCAGCGCUCUGCGAUUGCAUCAGAGACUUCCUCACUUUCAGCUGAGCAGAGCUUUCUUGGCCCAGGCCUUACAGGAGGACAGCUGCCACUAUCUCCUCUACUCUCUCAUCCUAGUUAACUCCUACCCCAUCACAAUGAGCAUUUUUCCAGUGUUCCUCUUCUCACUUCUCCAUGCCACCACCUACACUAAAAAAGUCCUUGAUACCAUGGGUCCAAACAGUCUUAUGUUUGUGAGGAACUUUUUGAACAAGCUCACAGCCAAUCAGCAGAACAUCCUAAAGUUUAUUGCUUGCAAUGAGAUCUUCUUGAUGCCAGCCACAGUCUUCAUGCUCUUCAGUGGCCAGGGAAGCUUGCUUCAGCCAUUCAUCUACUACAGGUUUCUCACUCUGCGCUAUGCCUCAAGGCGCAACCCAUACUGCCGGACUUUGUUCACGGAGCUGAGGAUUUUACUGGAGCAUUUUGUGAUGAAGCCCAACUGUCCUGCCUUUUUCAGGAGGAUGUGCCUCAACAGCAUUGCCUUCAUUAGCCGCCUUGCUCCUACCGGAGUUUAACUAACACACACAUACUACUACACACAGUUCACAGAUUGGGACAGUUUCAAGAUUGACUUACAAACAAGAUGGCCAAGUCUGAUCACUCAGAGAUGGAUGUCCUCCUCUGCACUGAGGCGUUUGCUAUGUUUGGAGAGACUAUCAAUCUGACAGACUGCAUCCAAAAAACAAAACAGCAAGAAGAUGUAUCUCUGUGCCCAGUUGUUUGAUAAGGGGUACAACUGUUUUCAGUUCAUUAGAGCUUUUAUAUUCAUAUUGAUUUUCAGGGGGUGGAGAAGGAGCCCCUGAGAUGUUUAAUCUUAACUGCUAGGGUUAAUAGAUAUAGCUCUUAAUAGCUUGUCUUUCUAAUGAAAUACCACAAAGUUCAGCUGUCAUUAGGCCUGUCUGUUCUUUAGUUUGAUUCCAUUUUUAUAUGUUCUUGCUAAAAAAAUUUUAUUGUACUGGAUUACCUUGAAAAUAGUCAUGAACCUUGCCCCAAGCCUUUCCCAGUAGUUGACAAUGAUCUGAAUGCCAUUUGAGUUCAAGAAGUUUUAAAUGUUACUUGAGGAGGCCUUUUUCAUGUGAACAGAUGUCUGAGGUGUUGUCAAAUAUUCUGUGAAUCUCAUCUACUUCAUAGAGCCCUAUACACAACUGUUCUUUGCCUUCAAUGCUAUUUAUUGUCAGGGCAAGUUGUAACUGCAUUUGAGAAUUAUUUGUCAAUUAUUUGCUUGUUCAAGGCAUGUUGUCACUAUUUAUUGCCUCUGUUUAUAACUAUGGUCUAUGUAGAUGAAUAAAAUCGAAUAUGAUAUUAAAUUGUAA